AACAAUCCCAUUAAAUAUAUAUAUAUACACAUAAACACAAACAUCUUGUGCUCAACAAUAUUAACAAGAAGAAAAUGGAGAAACUAUUGCCAUUUGUGUUAUCUCUACUCUUAGCUACCUCCUUUCUUUCUAAUGCCUCACCAAAUCCAUACUUUCGACCUUCUGCUCGUAAUAUUAUCUUCACUCAUCAUGACCGAUCCGAAUCCGAUCCUCAACAGGUGCAUAUUUCGCUGGCCGGGAAAGAUCACAUGAGAGUUAGUUGGGUUACAGAGAACAAACAUGUCAGAUCAAAUGUAGAAUAUGGAAAAGAACCAGGGAAAUAUAAUGAAAUGGCAACAGGAGAGAACACUUCAUAUCGUUACUUCUUUUAUAGUUCAGGAAGGAUACAUCAUGUAAAGAUUGGUCCAUUGGAACCAAAUACUACAUAUUACUACAGAUGUGGAGGUUCUGGCCCUGAAUUCUCUUUCAGAACACCUCCUGACUUUUUUCCUAUUGAAUUUGCUGUCGUUGGUGAUUUAGGACAAACAGAAUGGACUAAAUCAACUUUAGAAUAUGUUGGAAGUCGCGACUAUGAUGUAUUUUUAUUACCCGGAGAUUUAUCUUACGCGGACAGUCAACAACCGUUGUGGGACUCAUUCGGCCGGCUAGUGGAGCCAUAUGCUAGCCAACGGCCAUGGAUGGUGACCGAAGGGAACCAUGAGAUUGAAAUUUUCCCAAUUAUAUAUCCACAUGGGUUCAAGUCCUAUAAUGCAAGAUGGCUAAUGCCAUUUGAAGAAAGUGGUUCAACCUCAAAUUUGUACUACUCAUUUGAAGUUGCUGGUGCUCAUAUUAUAAUGUUAGGGUCGUACACGGAUUUUGAUGCUAAAUCAGAUCAGUACACGUGGCUUGAUGCUGACUUGGCAAAAAUUGAUAGGAAAAAGACACCAUGGGUUAUUGUGUUAUUGCAUGCCCCUUGGUACAAUACCAAUACUGCCCAUAAAGGAGAAGGAGAGGAAAUGAGAAAAGCUAUGGAAGAAAUUUUGUAUAAAGCAAGAGUUGAUGUGGUUUUUGCUGGGCAUGUUCAUGCUUAUGAAAGAUUUACUCGAAUUUAUAACAAUAAACCCGAUCCAUGUGGACCAGUUUAUAUAACCAUAGGUGAUGGAGGAAAUCGUGAAGGGCUUGCAUUAUUGUUUGAGAAUCCAGCUUCUCCUCUCUCUCUAUUUCGGGAACCAAGCUUUGGGCAUGGAAGAUUCAGAAUAUUGGAUAAUGAGCAUGCGCACUGGUCAUGGCAACGCAACGAUGAUUCUGAUUCUUUUGAAGCUGAUGAGGUCUGGUUGGAUAGUUUAAGCUCAUCAAAAGCAUGUUGGAAAAAUUUCGUAGAAAAGGAGGAAGACCCAUCUUCAUCUUCUUCUGCUAAUGAUGAACUUUAAUUAACCUGUACGGUAACUUAUGAUCUUUCUUUGAUGACCAAAUAUUAGUUGAAUCGAUACUUUUGUAAUUGCUUAAUUAGUUAUGUUGACAAGCCAGAUAUUAUUUCUUGGCUUUGUACUGUGAUUUUGAAGCCUCUGAACCAUGGUUAGAGAAGCUUCUCAAACUUAGUAUUCAUGGGUGACAAGUGCUAGAAAUUGGUGCUUGGUGGAGAAGAAGCUGCUAGAAAGUAAGGAUUUGUGAUAAAAUGCGUUCAACUUUGUUUUUCUGGUAUUAUGUAAUUACCCUUAAUAGAAUUAUCAUUUCUGGUUGAAUUGUUAUUCUCUUAUUUCUUUUAUUUUA